GCUCUGCUGUCAGACACUGACGUUCAGCUCUUUAACUCAGACUCAGAACACAGUUCUAGAUGUUAUUAGAGCCUGAGGAUGGUUCUGGACGUUAUUGGAGACUGAAGAUGGUCCUGGAUGUGAUUGGUGCCUGAUGACUGUUCUCUGCAUUACUGGAGCCUGGACUGUUCUAGAUGUUCUUCUAGGACGGUUCUGAGAGGUACUGGGGUCCACUGUGGUGGAGCUGGGCUGGUAUGAAGGAUUUUGGUGGGUGUUCAGUUCUGGAUCUGAUCAGCUGGGUGUGAGAGCAGCUCUGAUGCUGCUGCAUUUCGAGCUCCUUCUCUGCUGCAUCAUCAGCGGCUGUUCGGCACUGUGGAGACCAUGUACAGAUCUGCUGCCGCUGGACUUGCUGAGGCGGGUGGUUCCGGCGGGGGGCAUGUAUCAGAGCCACGUGCGGUUGGUCCAGUCUCAGGGCGCACGGGGUGUGAAGUUCUCUGGACCUCCUCAGGCUCUCAGCUUCCCCGCAGCUCCGCUCUUCACCAACUGCAACUUCUUCCCUGCUGAGUUCUCCAUCGUGGUCACGCUAAAGAUACCACAGCUAGCUCCUAACAGAGAUGAGUAUAUCUUCACUCUGCUGGACGGAGAUUCGAACCGGUUGUUGUUAGGCCUUCGUCUGGCCCGUGAUAAACUCCACUUCCUCCAGCGCUCCCGGCGAGUGACCUUCAGGGCCGUGGGGCUGGCAGACGGCCGCUGGCACACACUGGUGUUAGCUGUCACCGGACACUACAGCAUCCUUACUGUGGACUGUGGAAUCCCCCUUGAGCUGCAGACAGAGAAACCUUUCCCUGAGGAUCUGAACACUAAAGGCUCCACCUUUUUCAUAGGCAGCAGGAGAAGGUGGAAUGGACUGUUCUCGGGUCUCAUGAGACAGCUGGUUCUGUUACCCGGUUCUGAUGCGUCCUCUCGGGUUUGUCCGUCCUCUCAGCCUCGACUGUCUAUCCUAUCCGUCCCUGAGGUUCUGUUACACCUGCCAAUCAAACCACCGACCAAUGAGCUUCCACUCUACCCGUACGAGGCUGAGGUGCGGGUCAGUCCGGUGGUCCCUCUCUGUGGGGUGGGUGAGGAGGGUCAGCUGUGGUUCAGUACGGUGAAGAGAGGCCUGUUCCUGUGCGAUGGAAACACGUGGAUCACCAUGUUACAGGAGAAAGAGAGGCUGGACUAUGUGGAGGAAUACCAGGAUCUCUUCACCGUCUCAGAGACGUUUGAUAUCGAAGUGUUCAGCAUCCCGUCUGUGGGACUCUUCAUGGCGACUGCGAACCGAGACCAGGGCUCGACUGUGUACCGGUGGACCAACGGCAGGUUCGAGAGAUACCAGAACAUCAGCACCCACGACGCUCAGGCGUGGAAGUUCUUCACUGUGGGGAAAGAGAGUUUCCUGGUGGUCGCUAACUCCGGCAGUAAUGGUGGUCAGGAGGUGUCGGUGAUCUAUAGGUGGAAUAAGCGAACGCUGAGGUUUGUUGUGUAUCAGAAGCUACAGACGCACAGCGCCCGUGACUGGGAGGCUUUCCACAUCCACAACGAGGCCUUCCUCGCCGUGGCCAAUCACAGACAAGGUGAAAUGAACCACAACAUUGACAGUGUGAUCUACAAGUGGAACCCAAACACCAAGAGGUUUGAAGUGAAUCAGACCAUCGCCACGUCUGGAGCUUACGACUGGGAGUUCUUCACCAUUGGCCCGUACUACUUCCUGGUGGUGGCCAACACCUUUAAUGGAAAGUCCACCGUCAUCAACUCCACCAUCUACAUCUGGCUGGGAGGAGCAUUCCAGCCGUUCCAGUCCAUCAUGACCACUGGAGCGAUAGACUGGGAGAUGUUCCAGAUUGGGAACAGGUUCUUCCUGGCUGUGGCUAACAGUCAGAGACUCGAUGGCUCUGGCUCGAUUCUUUAUAAUAUCAACUCCACCAUCUACGAGCUCAACAUGACCUCACAGACCUUCGUUAAAUUCCAGGACAUCACAACCAGCAGUGCUCUGGACUGGGAGUUUUUCACCGUGGGGGAUGAUAAGUUCUUGGUGGUGGCGAACUCAUAUGAUGGAAACUCCUACUCACUGAAUAGUGUUAUCUACAGGUGGCAGGGUUAUGAGAGGUUCGUUCCUGUUCACACUCUGAGCACUAACGGAUGCCGAGAUUGGGAAUUCUUCACUUCCUCAGACGGAUCCUACCUCAUCUCCUCCAGCGCCAGACAGGCCCUGUCCAAGAUCCUCAGACUCAGAACCUACUAUCAGCACUGACCCGCUGCCAGUCCAGUUAUCACUACACUAAAGCUGCAUGCUAGAACUCUGUACUGGACACAGUAACGUCCAGUCAUCACUACACUAAAGCUGCACAUUGGAACUCUGAACUGGACACAGUGACGUCCAGUUAUCACUACACUAAAACUGCACGCUAGAACUCUGAACUGGACACAGUAACGUCCAGUCAUCACUACACUAAAGCUGCAUGCUAGAACUCUGAACUGGACACAGUAACGUCCAGUCAUCACUACACUAAAGCUGCACACUGGAACUCUGAACUGGACACAGUGAC